AUGGCGAGUCAGGUGUCCUUCCAGGUGACUUUGCUCAGUGGUGCGGAAGGCAAUGUGACCGCAGAUGCCAGCCAGAAGGUCCUUGAAGUGAGGAGCAAGAUCUUGGAAGCGCUGAACUUGGACGCAAGCAGGGGAGAAGCGUUUUCACUUUUCCUAGACUCAGCUGCGGGUGAAGAAGUGAAGGAUGACUGGAGCAUCGCAGAGAUCUCUGGUCGCAGCAUUCUUGCAGUGGUGCAAUCGGAGCCGGAAUGGUGCACAAAUAAGCGCUUCUCCAAGAGUUAUGUCCACGGACGCCGAUGUGGUAUGGAAGAGACCUCUGAGGACGUCGACCUCAAGAUUUAUGCAGGUGGCACGUUCAGCUACAGCAACAAACACCACGAGCAUGACGCUGAGUGCGGCUACGCGUUUGACUCCAGUUUGACAGCAACUGGUCAGUGGAAGCUUCUUUGGGACGCGUCGGAUAAGUCAGAGGUCUUGCAACUCACAGGAGAAUCCACCACGCACGUCAGACGGACGAUUAGCAGGGGCUGUUACAGUGACCCUGGUGGAUCCGGCGACGAAGAUGACGAAGAUGACGAAGAUGAUGAAGAUGGUGAGGCGGACCAGGACGAAAGCGUGGGUAGAAACUGCGACCGGACCACGACCCAAGCGUUCUCAAAGUCGUUUUUGAAGGCUGAGUUGAUGAAGCCCGAGAAAGGACAUCAUCAAAAAGGCGGUUGGACGGUUUCUGCUUUGUGA